AAGACCAACCUUUUUCAGCAUCUACUCGUUUCAAAAUGCCUAGCUAGUGCUGGCAUAUCUCUCGACGAGUGUGAUAUAUGUUUUGGAGAUGGCACGGCCUUUACUAGUUCUCGCUGGCUAGAGCUCAUCCAGACACAUAAAGGGGCCAUGCUCGAAGUCGACAUCCUACCGCGCGAUGAAGAUCAUGCUCAUUCCUCCCUGGUAGAACCAUCCGAAGGCGAGCAGGAUCUUCAUAUGUCUCUCGUCCUCGCUCGUAAACGAUCACGACCAGAUCUCGCGUAUAAGAAUGCUGCACAGCGCGCGGAUGCAAUUCAGUGGCAUGGCAGUCGGGCCUCUAGUCGCUCAAGACAAUCACCGAAGAGCUCGUCACGAAGUCUGCAGUCCUCGAUGGCAAGUAUGGCUCCCUCAGUGAGUAGAGGGCGUUCCAGCCGCUACCCACGCGGUAAGUAUGAGAUCACACCCAGAAAUCUUGCACUAGUCCGCUAUCGACCCAGGAUCGGACAGACAUCAGCGGGUCACGAAUCUUUGAACCCUCCAGGUAUUAACGCCAAGGCUGCUAGAAGUAGCGUUUCGGACGUCACUGAAAUGGAUGCUAAAGUCGUCUUGCCAAGACAAGCAAAGACAAGUCUGAGGGGAAUACUCAUCAAUGACCAAACACGAAUACAGGCUAGCCGUCCAAAAUCUCCCAGCCUCGUAUACAUACGUGCAGCAGACCUGGGCAGCGCAGACGAUAUCGUUGAGCCGAUGCGCUCCACAGUCCUGAAUGCGCCCAGUAGCUCGGCUGAAAAACACAUUCCCACGCCAAAAGGAGCUAUGCACACCGGGGUCGAUGCAAGCGACGUGGAACACGACAUUUCCACUGAACAAUCAGAUCCCAGUACUGUGGGUCCCAUAGAGAAUCGCAUUUGGGAAAUAGCAUCCGACGGUCACAUAGAGCUGUUGGGCGCAGAGCCCAGGAGACCUCCUCUCAUCCUUGUUGAUGGUCUACCUCAACAUGCCAAAAGGAGUCAUAGCGAACCUCGUCCGACCAAGGAGUAUGAAGAUGUAACGUAUGGCACAGGUCCAGUGAGGGCGGGUGGCAUCUUGAAGACAGGCACGAAAGUCGAUCGACGAUCGAACGUCAAGAAACAAGAUUCAGGGCGAGUACGCUUUGAUACUCACACUGUUCUAUAUACACAAGAUAUGUCGCCAGACCACGAGAAAGCGACCUUCGAGAUGGGAGAGCCUAGCGACCUUCGGGCCUCUCGCCUGGCUGAAUUACCAAGCAAUAGUAGUGACUGGACUGCCAACUGGGUGAUGAAUGUGGCAAGUGUCCCUAAAUCUUACACAUCCUCCGACCCACAAACAGGAGUGCUGGAUACCAGUUCAACUAUGUUUGAAGAGCCAGAUGAGCUCCAACCAGAGGAUCAGGCCACAACGCAGGUUAAUGGGGCGAUAAAGAGCAUGGAUCCUACUGGGAGUAACCCAGUCCAAUCAUCUACCUCGACCUCACCCGUCGUUCGUCCGAAAACGAUACCACUCCCUGCACACGUUUCCGAUGAUGAUUCUGAUGAGGCAAGGAUAUACACGGAAAACCUUGGAUCAGAACCUAUUCUGUUCGAGAUUCCCACCACGGCCAGUACUUAUGGGCCGACGGUCGCCACUUCCAAAGAUCAAGAAUCUUUUGCGUCUGAAUCUAGUAUCGAGCGCAGGGGCCGAACCAGUCGAACCAACCCCUUACGCCAUGGGGUACGUGAAUUAUACAGUAGCCCCUCAAUAGCUUCAAGUUCUAUUUCGGACGGCGAAUAUGAAGGACUCUCAUCAAACGAGUCGACCACAACCAGAUCUGGAGUAUUGUCAAGACGGAGACCCAAUCGCCGAGCGAUUGGUUCCUUCAGCUCCGAUGAAGAUGACAGGGAUCAUGUACACCUGAGUCGUAGGAGACAGCGACAAUCACGUCCUAUCAUGAGCUCGAGUCAAGCAUCUGGCUCUAGCAAACGGUCGCAGAGCUUUCAUUCGGAGGAAGAGAGGCCCAGGUAUGACACCGACCGCACCCAACAUGACCGCGACCGUCCAAGAAGGCGGCUAUCACGAGUCCCUGAGCCUCCAGGGGUGACGAUAUACAAUGAUUCUGAUGACGAGUUGCCACGAGGUCGCAGGCGUCGUAACAGUCCCAGGCCUGGACCGACUGACUGGGAUGAUGGUGCUACAUAUCACGGUGCAGACCUGAGCGAUCGCUACAGUAAUACAGGUCCGUCGUACAUAGACCGAACACGCAGAACGCACACAGACAGUCGUCGUCCGGUCAAUACAUUCAUUUCAGACUACAAUCCAUUUAUUUCAGACCCGACAGAUUACAAACACCCAGACGGCCAUACAUUUCAUAACGAAUACUGGUAUCGAUCACCAUCCAAAAGACAUUACGGGUCACUGUAUCAAGAUAACUAUCCAUAUUACGAUGAUGAUGUAUAUAGCUUGCCACAUAGAAGCCGUUACCGGUCACGAUCCCCAGACUCUCCCCCCUAUUCAUCCUACGGGGACCACAGAGUGGCCGCUCCCUACGUCCACAGCCAAUCUAGAUCACGAGCGGCUCGUCCCAACAUCGCCAAUCAUCGAUUACCCCGGGCCCCAACACCACCUGGAUACGAAGAACGGUCAUAUGUAUCCGCUUCGCAGGGCCCACGCAUCCGUAAUUCUGCGGCCUAUACACGACGUUCGUACAAGGACGAUGUUCGAAGUGAGCUUGAAACAGUCGAAGGAGAUCUUGCUCGGUUACAGGAGGACCAGUACCUGCGCUCAAACUCAAAGAGUGGCCCAUCGAGUUUAGCUGAAACACAGGCCCUAGAGGAUGACAUAACUGAGCUGCGGUUACAGCUAGCAAGAUUGCAGCCCAAGUCAGCGGAUCCGUCUUGGCUUGAAGAAACAGAGGUUGCGACCCCUACCUUACCCUCCUUGCGUGAACGAACUGGAGGGCACCAGAAUGCCGAGUCCGAGUCCGUACACGUUAAGGUUCCACCAUUCUUUACAUGGGCCACAUAUCCAGGGGAUGUAGCUGACCCCAAUGACGAGUCAGCCGAAGCUGCUAUAUUAAGAAAGUUUGACAGUCUAGAGUACGUUCUGAAAGGUGUGCGUGAACGUUUGUGUGCAAAUGGACGGGGAGCAAAAAUCUUCAACGAUGUCCAGUUGAUGUCUCUCGAGCAAUUUGAAGACUCCCAUACCGAUUUGUUGGUUCAAGGGUCCGAAACAUCGCUGGACGCACCGAAUGGCGAUCAGCAACCCAAUGAGACUUCGAACAUUUCGCCAAUGAUACUAGACGAUGAUGCGGCGUCGUCCAAGAUACAGAAUAAUAUAACAGGCAAUCAGUCUGCGAAGCGUGCUUUGCUGAAGAAGGAUCUUCUGCAUAUAACGAAAGAUCUCUUUAGUCUCUUCGUACCCCUGUCCCACAUUCACGAGGUCAUGUCUAGGUAUUGGGGUCUGCUAAGUAAUUUUUGCAGCAUCCUCGAUGUCAAGGAGCCUGCCCAGUCCGCAAGAGAAGUCUGGAUUGUAUGCUUCAUCGAAAAUGAAACCGAGAUUCUAGGGAAAUUUGGACUGAAUGCGCCGUCUCCAGCUCUCUCUGAGUGCUCUGACUGUGCCAAUGGAAGAAUAUACGCCAACGAGCGAAGUGGCCUCCGUCAUCUAUGGUAUCAGCAUUUCGUCCCUACUGCCGGCGCACAGACUGCAAUGCUUCCUCCAGAUGCCCUCCGAAACUGGCUUCGGUCAGAAGAACAGCUACGAAUAGAGUUGUCCACAAUCGCCAUAUCAAAGAUCUUGCAGGUUUUCCUGGAACACGGACGAAGAUUCUAUGCAAGAGCCAAGGCCAUCAGGAACGGAGUCGCUGAUAGCGACAAGACAAAGUCCGCCAAGUCCACAAAUAUGUAGAACGUGUACAGCAUCAUUUCCAGCAAUGGCAGUACAGUCCUGGCUUUGUUGGCAUCGGGCACACGGUGGACGAUCUGACCG